AUCCAGCUUUGCAACUACUGGCUUCUUCACCUUCUUCCUUCUUUUCCCUUCCCUUCAAAUCUCUCUCCCUCUCUCUUUCUCUGUCUCUCUCUUGAUCGUGAUUCUGCCGGAUCGCCCAUCGGCUGCCGGCAGAGAGGCGCGAAUUCGACGCGGUCUUCGAUAUUAAAAAAGAAUGGCAAUGGAGGUGACACAGAUCCUUUUGAAUGCCCAGUCUGUAGAUGGCAAUGUGCGAAAGCAUGCAGAGGAAAGUCUCAAGCAUUUUCAAGAACAGAACUUUCCGAGUUUCUUGAUAUCUCUCUCUGGAGAAUUGUCCAAUGAUGAGAAGCCUGUGGACAGCCGUAAGCUUGCUGGUUUGGUUCUGAAGAAUACAUUGGACGCCAAGGAUCUCCAACGCAAAGCUGAGUUGGUUCAGAGAUGGCUGUCCCUAGAUGCAUCAGUGAAAGCCCAAAUAAAGACUUGCUUGCUUAGGACUCUUAGCUCGCCUGCACUUGAUGCACGAACUACUGCUUCACAGGUUAUUGCCAAGGUUGCUGGCAUUGAAUUGAGGAAUAACCAGUGGCAUGAGCUUGUAGGGACGCUUACUUCAAAUAUUGCAGGCGUACAGGGUCAGGUUCCAGCUCAUGUCAAGCAGGCAACUUUGGAAACUCUUGGGUACUUGUGCGAAGAAAUUUCUCCUGAAAUACUUGUGCAAGAUCAAGUCAAUUCGAUACUUACAGCUGUUGUUCAGGGAAUGAAUUCUACUGAGGGUAAUGACAUUCGGCUUGCUGCCACCCGUGCACUUUAUAAUGCUUUGAGCUUUGCUAGGACAAAUUUUGAGAAUGAUAUGGAAAGGGACUACAUUAUGAGGGUUGUCUGUGAGGCAACCCUAUCUCCUGAAGUGCGGAUCCGUUUGGCUGCAUUUGAAUGCUUAGUUUCCAUUUCCUCUAUGUACUAUGAUAAGCUUGCUUCUUACAUACAAGACGUGUUCAACAUCACUGCAAAGGCUGUGAAGGAAGACGAGGAACCCGUAGCUCUUCAAGCUAUCGAAUUUUGGAGCUCUAUGUGUGAUGAAGAAAUUGAUAUAUUGGAGGAAUAUGGAGGUGAUUUUACUGGAGACUCUGAUAUUCCUUGCUUUUAUUUUAUCAAGCAGGCGCUUCCUGCACUGGUUCCUAUGUUGUUGGAGACACUCUUGAAGCAGGAAGAAGACCAGGAUCAGGAUGAAGGGGCUUGGAAUCUCUCAAUGGCUGGAGGGACAUGCUUGGGAUUGGUGGCGAGGACUGUUGGAGAUGAUAUUGUCCCACUUGUGAUGCCAUUUGUAGAAGAGAACAUCUCAAAACCUGACUGGAGACGCAGGGAAGCAGCCACUUAUGCAUUUGGUUCAAUUUUGGAGGGUCCAUCGCCAGACAAGCUCACACCGCUCGUUAACCUUGCCCUGGAGUUCAUGCUUCAUGCCAUGAAGGAUGAGAAUAAUCAUGUGAAAGACACCACUGCUUGGACCCUUGGCAGAAUUUUUGAAUUCCUUCAUGGGCCAACUGUAGAGACACCAGUGAUCACACAAGCUAAUUUCCCACUCAUCCUUUCUGUUCUAGUUGAGGGUAUGAAAGAUGUCCCUAAUGUUGCUGAAAAGGUCUGUGGUGCCCUGUACUUUCUUGCUCAAGGUUAUGAAGACGUGGGGACGUCUUCUCUGUUGACACCUUUUUUCCAGAAUGUUGUUGAGGCUCUUCUCAGCACUGCUCACAGGCAAGAUGCUGGGGAGUCUCGCUUAAGGACUUCAGCUUAUGAAACACUCAAUGAGGUUGUUAGGUGUUCCACUGAAGAGACUGCUGCUACUGUGAUGCAGCUUAUUCCUGUCUUCUUGAUGGAGCUUAACCAGACCCUCGAGAUGCAGAAACUGUCAUCUGAGGAGAGAGAAAAGCAGAAUGAAUUGCAGGGUCUUCUUUGUGGGUGCUUGCAGGUCAUCAUCCAGAAGCUUGGUGCUUCAGAAACUACUAAGUAUGGUCUUUUGCAGUAUGCAGACCAGAUGAUGGCUCUCUUCCUUAGAGUGUUCGCAUGUAGAAAUGCUACAGUUCAUGAAGAAGCAAUGCUUGCCAUUGGUGCUCUGGCGUAUGCAACUGGAGCUGACUUUGACAAGUACAUGCCAGAGUUUUAUCCAUAUCUGGAAAUGGGACUUCAGAAUUUUGAAGAAUACCAAGUAUGUGCAAUCACUGUUGGUGUGGUUGGUGAUAUAUGUAGGGCUUUGGAUGAAAAGGUAUUCCGUUACUGUGAUGGAAUUAUGACCCAACUUCUAAAGGAUUUGUCAAGCAAUCAGCUGCAUCGUUCAGUGAAGCCUCCAAUCUUCUCAUGUUUUGGUGAUAUAGCUUUGGCUAUAGGUGAAAAUUUUGAUAAGUAUUUAAUAUAUGCAAUGCCCAUGCUCCAGAGUGCAGCAGAACUGUCGCUGCAACGUGGAAGUGCUGAUGAUGAAAUGAUUGAGUACAACAAUCAAUUGCGAAAUGGAAUCUUGGAAGCAUACUCAGGGAUAUUUCAAGGUUUUAAAAACUCGCCCAAAACACAACUAUUGAUGCCCUAUGCUCCUCACAUCCUUCAAUUUUUGGAUAAUAUAUAUCAAGAAAAAGACAUGGAUGACAUGGUCACAAAGGCUGCAGUCGGUGUUCUUGGAGACUUGGCAGAUACAUUAAAUGCAAAUGCUGCUCCGUUGCUCCGGCAGUCAAUGUUUUGCAAGGAUUUUGUGGAUGAAUGCUUAUCAUCGGAUGAUCAUUUGAUUAAAGAAACUGCUGAAUGGGUACAUAUGACUGUGAGCCGAGUUGUUUCAGGUUGAUGGUAAAUUGAUAUGCUCAUAAUGCUAACGAGUCCAUGCAUUUGGGUGCGUCGUGUCUGGUUGGGGAUUGCAUACAUGCAUGUGUCAGUUGCCUUACUUUCAUCAAGGUCGGCAGCAGUGUCAGAGGUCCUUAAAGUGAAGGGCUUCUAGGUCAGCAUCAUCGGCGUUGGUGUUGCGGUCGGAGUUGGAGUCGGGGUCUGUUGGAGACAGUCAAGGUUAUCAUUGAUAACCUGCCUCUACUAAUUCUAUCGUUGCAACAUGAGCUUGCAGAACGGGUUAAAGAAUGGACUAUGGGCUGGCCUUCUGGAAAUUGACAGAGGUUGGUUGCUCUGUACUUCAUUGAGCACAGAUGCAGCUUCUUUUUUCGCAUCCAGCCUUCAUAAAGGAAGAAAGAAAAAACUGGGUUGAUGUAGCAUCAGAUAUGCUCUCCAACUUUUGACAUGCCUCAAGAAGUGCAGUGCUCCUUGAUGCGAUGAAAGAGGGCAAUUCAGGCGCUCCUGGUCCUUAACUGGGUGAAUAGGAACCCGUGUUCUGCAUGGUUUUCUGCAUGUUUUUAAAGUUUUGUAUCAGUAUUAGUAAUUGCAUUAUUUCAUACGGUCUGUCCAUGUUAGUCCUGUAUUUGAUUCUACACGAUUCUGUUCUCUCAAGUCAUACUUUUGUACUAAACUUUCUGGAACCUGCUUCCAGAUUGUCUGAAGUCAUCAUAUAUUUGCAUCCAGUCCUGUUUUUCUCGUUCAGGAUACCUGUCCCUGUAUGCUGUGCAGUAAUGGUCCUUUAGUUUGUUAGGGGUUGAUGUUGUUGCAUAUGUGUGUGUGUGUGUGUGAAAAAGAGAGAGAGAGAGCAUGCUUGCGCAUGUGUCUUGCCUUUUUUCUUCUACACGUGGUUUGCAUGCAUUGCAUUGCAUCUGUUUUGGGUUGCUUGGUUCGUCUCGGUGGCCUGUCUUUAUUCCUCUUUCUACUUCUGGUAAUCGGAGUAUGUGAAGAGUUAUGGCUAUUGAAAAUGAGAGAAAAUUGGAUUCCUGGCUGGUGCCAUAUGCAAAUGGGGCUAUGUAUUGAUUGUAAUUCUUCCAGUUUUAUUAGUUUUCCAUCUCUUAUAUUGAAUGUAUUUAAUCUUCCGCCUCCUGCUA